GUGCGUGUAACGAAAGGCGGGUAAUCAAUUUGGCUAUUCGAUGAACGUUCCUCUCUUUCGAUUCAUCGUCCUCAUUUCCCCAUUUCAAUCUCUCUCUCUGUUCCUUUCUUUAUUUCUUCGAAGACUAUUAUCCCCCUUAGGUUCAUCUUCGACAACAGAGAAAUGACGACGAGUUUGGAUCGGUGGGAGAAGGAUCCUUUCUUUGCCGCUGCUGAAGAAGUUCAGGAAUCUGCUGACAGGAUGGAGUCAGCUUACAGGUCAUGGAUCAAGCGUGGCUCUUCGAAUGUAUGGGACUCUGAUCAGCUUCACAGGGGCCUUCACGCUGCUCUUGGAACCACCAAAUGGCAGUUAGAUGAAUUCCAACGAGCUGUUAAAUCUAGCUACGACAAUCGUGUAAGUGACGAAACUCGAGAUAGGCAUCGGGAGUUUACUUUCGUGAUGGAGACUCAAGUUGCGAAGAUCGAGAAGUCUCUCAAGGAAGCUGAUGAUGGCAAAGGAACUCCGAGAUGGGUGCGUCUGGACGAAGAUGAUCGUAACGAGCUUGCUCUCUUCUUGACUGGACCAUCUGAGUCUGAAAAGAAACAAGGUCAUAGAAGGGCGGCUAGUGCUGCUCCUGAGAUAGGUGCUUGGAACAUUGCGGUUUCCGAAGACGGUUUAUUACAGAAACCUUCUGGUGAGCCACCGGUUCGACCUCCAAGGAAAGUUCCAAGCGUCUCCGGGUUCUUGAAUUUUAUGGAGCCUGGCUCUAAAAACUGCGUUAGGAAGUGGAAGGCCUUGGAUCGUCAAGGAGACUCUGAUGCUGUGUUGUUAUUGCCUAUCCAAGCGAACCAGGUAAGAUCUCCAAACAAGAGUUGUAUGGAGUGUGAAGAGGAUUGUUAUGAGAAGCAGCUUCACGGUUGGUAUGGAGCUAUACAGAGGCAGCUUCAACGGUCACAGUAUCGAAUGAGAUAUAGUAAAAGCGUACAAGCUACGAUUUGGAUUCUUCUUUUACUUUUUCUUAUAGUGGUAGUCGCAACGCAUGCAAUGUAGAAGACAGGACGCUGGACAGUUCAUUCAUCUUCUGUGUAACACGGGUUGCGAAUGAGACGGAUUUGGCAAAGUCUACAUGCUUACUGUACAGUAGUAAAAUCACAGAGUUUGAUUCUCUUGUAACAUAGAAUACAACCAAUUCGAAUAAACAACAACAUUGUGAAAAUGGAUGUUUUGUAAAACAGAAAUGCAUUCUUGAUUUUCAUUA